AUGUCAUACCAUCCUUCGAAAGAUAUUUCUCAGGUGCAAGCCCCGCAAAUACCGAGAGACCAAAAAGUAAAUGGUGAUCAUGAUGAUGAUCAUGAUGAUGAACGCAUAACAAUAGAUGAGAUCAACCAACAACAAUACCAAACCAAAGUAUCGCAGAGACUCCUGUGCAAAGCUCCAUCAAAUAUUAUCAAUAUUUCUCUGUCCCCGAUGCAAAAAGUCAUCCCUCCUCUAAAUUUCUGCCCGGUGGAACGUCACUUGUAUCGCUCUGGCCAGCCCACGCCUCUAAACCACGGGUUUCUUAAACAGCUCGAUAUUCGAAAUAUCGUCUGGCUUGCUGCUGAAGAUCCUAGCGAUGAUUUCCUCGAGUUUGCUGAUAAUAAUGACAUUGCGGUUCACUGCAUUGCCGACAUGGGCGAUGGAGGAGCAAACCCAUGGGAUGGGCUCAGUGAGAACCUGAUCACCCAAGCACUAAGAAUUAUCACCAAUAAAGAUUAUUAUCCAAUAUUAGUGUGUUGUGGUAUGGGUCGCCAUCGUACUGGGACAGUGAUUGGCUGCUUGCGUCGUUUACAAGGUUGGAAUUUGGCCAGUGUUAGUGAAGAAUAUCGACGAUUCACUGGUUCCAAAGGAGGAAGAAUUUUAGUGGAACUUUUGAUAGAAGCCUUUGAUAUGCUGAGUAUUCCUAUAGAUGAAAGCAUGGCACCUGAAUGGUUACUAUCCCAAUAG